CCCACCGGACCACCCGGAAGCAGCGCUUGGGAGAGUUUGUGAUGGCGUUUAUGUUGGCUUUACAACAUUUGAUAACGUUGUAAGUUUCCAUGUAAGAGUAACUUCCAUCAGUAUUGUUUUAGCGUCUACAGAUCUGCGACACCAUGAGUCUACUCGUCAAAAUAGCAGAAAUUGAAAAUGAGAUGGCCAGGACGCAGAAGAACAAGGCCACAGCCCACCACUUAGGUCUGCUCAAAGCACGGCUUGCCAAACUUAGAAGAGAACUGAUCACUCCAAAGGGAGGCAGUGGUGGUGGAACAGGGGAGGGUUUUGAUGUGGCAAAAACAGGGGAUGCCCGAAUCGGUUUUGUGGGUUUUCCAUCAGUGGGCAAGUCUACCUUGUUGAGUAACCUUGCAGGUGUGUACUCUGAGGUAGCAGCCUAUGAGUUCACCACUCUUACAACAGUACCUGGAGUGAUUCGGUACAAAGGUGCCAAAAUUCAGCUCCUGGAUCUCCCAGGUAUCAUUGAAGGGGCCAAGGAUGGCAAAGGAAGAGGCAGACAGGUCAUUGCAGUGGCUAGAACCUGCAACCUAAUCCUCAUUGUGCUCGAUGUCUUGAAGCCUCUUGGCCAUAAAAAGCUAAUAGAGCAUGAGCUUGAAGGCUUUGGCAUUCGACUUAAUAAGCAGCCACCCAACAUUGGCUUCAAGAAGAAGGACAAAGGAGGCAUCAACUUCACAGCCACAUGCGCACAAAGUGAGCUAGAUGGUGACACAGUUAAGAGUAUCCUCGCUGAGUAUAAGAUCCACAAUGCGGAUGUCACCCUGCGUAGUGAUUCUACCGCUGAUGACCUCAUUGAUGUUGUGGAAGGAAACCGGGUCUACAUCCCUUGCAUUUAUGUGCUGAACAAAAUUGACCAAAUCUCAAUUGAGGAACUCGAUAUCAUCUAUAAGGUCCCCCACUGUGUGCCCAUCUCUGCCCACCACCGCUGGAACUUUGAUGACCUGCUUGAAAAGAUCUGGGACUACCUAAAGCUAGUCCGCAUCUACACUAAACCCAAGGGUCAACUACCUGAUUACACAUCUCCAGUUGUACUUCCUGAUGGACGAACUUCUGUGGAGGAUUUUUGCUUAAAGAUUCACAAAAACCUCAUCAAAGAAUUCAAAUAUGCGCUAGUGUGGGGUUCAUCAGUGAAACACAACCCUCAGAAGGUGGGCAAAGACCAUGUCAUGGAGGAUGAAGAUGUUAUCCAGCUGGUGAAAAAGUAAAAGAAGAUGCAAGUCACUGCAUGGCCUUUUUAUAAAGGAUCUAAGAUACAGUAACUGUCUAAAACCUCAACCUUACCCCUGAGAGCAUCUUAUGUCUUCUGGUUCCCAACUUUUGGUUAAUUUGUGAACUGACUUGGAUUUCAAAAAAGCAAAAGUUACAUGAAUGUCAACUGACUAAUGUACACAGUACUUAACUCAUUGAGCGGUUCAAUUUGAAUUUCCAAGAAUUUGCCUUGAAAUGAAAGUCAACUGUACAAUAAAAGCCUUUCA